AUGAGUGCUGCCCUCCUAUCUGCCAUCACAGAUGACCCAGACAUCAAGCAAGGGCUUUUUCCAUCUCCUGGCACAAAUCCAAGGGCAGGCGGCAAGACAAAGGCCACAUACCACUGGGCACUAUGUGUCAUCCUCUUCAAAGAACAUCCAGACUACAAAUCUGCAUUUUUAAUGUCCAAGAUCACACGAAAGUAUAUGGACGAGAUGGGUGAGACUGGUGCAGGUAUAACACGAGAGGACAAGAUCAACAUGGAUGUAAAAAAUUCAUUCACAACAAAAUGGGCAAUAAUCAAAGAAGCAUGCCCUUGGUUCUUUGAAAUGUACGAGCUUAUAGCUGAGUGUCCAAAUCAAGUUCCAGUGGGUCUUGGGCACAGCCAGAUCGAUUUUGACAUGUCAGUCAUGAUCGCUGAUGCAUCAGAACCAACCAGCGGGUUUACAUCUGACAACAUAGCCCAAGAAAAUUCGCCAGAAGUUAGUGAGGGUGUUGAUGAGCUUGAAAAUGAUGAUUUGCUGUCAGAUUUGGGGAGUGCUGGACUUGCAGAAGCUGAUGAUGCACCCUUGAAGCAAAAGGCAUCUACAGAAAGACAAGGCAAGAGCAGUUUGCCUUCAAAAACAGGCCCCCAACAUACAGCAUCAAAGCCUGUCACCAGAGCACCCAAGAACCCAGCAAAGAGGCAGAAGAAGGAUGAAUUUACAGAGAUUGCACAGGCUGAAGCUAAGCCCCUCCAUAACCUCCUUCCUACCCAUUAG